AUGGACACUACCGUUCUUACCAAAACCACUCAAUUAUCACCAAAUGACAUUCAUACAGGUCUUGGUAAAGUGAAACCGUAUCAUAGUACCUCGGAUUUAUUUAUUGAUGAUUCAAGCGAAUUGGAGGAUCAUUUGCAUUUUUCAGCGAUAUCAUUAGAUCCUGAUCCAAUGGUCGGGGACACUCAUUAUGUUUCAAGUACAAGUAGUGGGCAUGGAUCCUCUAUUAUUACAAGUCCAGCACCAUCUUAUAUUGCUCAUUUACCUUCUAAAUUAAAGAAUUUUUUUAGAAUAAGUGGAGCGAGUCAUAAAAAAGAAACUUCUACUAAUUCAUCUACAAAUGGAGGAGGAUUAGAGGAAAUGGGUUCUUCAACUUCUCUUUCAUCAAUUUUAUCAAACGACGGAAGUUAUAAUCAAAAAUUACGUAGAGUAGCUUCUGCACCUAAUACAAAAGCAUUAAAUGAAAAUGAAAAAAUUUCUUCUCAUUCGCAAUUGUCACAACAACCAAUUUUAGGAAAAUCUAAUAACAAUGAAAAUUUAUCUGUUCCAGUUAGGCCUUUGUCAGAUAUGAAACGUUCAGGAACUUUUAGAAGAACUUACUCUUCAAAUUCUAUCAAAAUUAAAAGAGUUGAAGUUGGUCCGAAUAGUUUUCAAAAGGUUAAAUUAUUAGGGAAAGGUGACGUUGGUAAAGUUUAUUUAGUUAAGGAGAAAAAAACCAGUAAACUUUACGCUAUGAAAGUUUUAUCGAAAAAAGAGAUGAUUAAACGAAAUAAGAUUAAGCGAGCCCUUGCCGAACAGGAAAUCCUUGCGACAUCAAAUCACCCUUUUAUCGUAACAUUAUAUCAUUCAUUUCAGAGUGAAGAUUAUUUAUAUUUAUGUAUGGAAUAUUGUAUGGGAGGAGAAUUCUUUCGUGCUUUGCAAACAAGGCCUGGUAAAUGUCUUUUAGAAGAAGAUGCAAAAUUCUACGCUGCUGAAGUUAUUGCAGCUUUAGAAUAUUUACAUUUAAUGGGGUUUAUUUAUAGAGAUUUGAAACCUGAAAACAUAUUAUUACACCAAUCAGGACAUAUUAUGUUAUCAGAUUUUGAUUUGUCAAAACAAUCUCAUCCUGCUAACAUGCCUACUAUUGUAAAAAAUAGUGGAGGCAAUGCUCCUCCAUCAAUAGAUACCAAGUCAUGUAUCGCUAAUCUAAGGACAAACUCAUUUGUAGGCACUGAAGAAUACAUUGCUCCUGAAGUUAUUAAAGGAUGUGGACAUACAAGUGCUGUGGAUUGGUGGACACUUGGAAUCUUAAUAUAUGAAAUGCUG